AUGCGCUACGCAAGCGGCUGCACUGUGCCAGGGGACUUCGACCGUUCGUUAGAGCUUGCCAGGGAAGUGAGUGAGGCAGAGGGUGUCCGUCCCUGGGAAGUCAACAUCCACGCCGCAGCUGAGCGCCUGAACGCCUGGAUCAUGUUCUACAUGAUGUAUUGCGGGGAGGACAUCGAUCAAGGCUCAAAGCUCGACAUGCUGUACUGGGGGGCACGCAGGAUCGGACGCGCGCUGUGGAUCGAGCGCGUCGCGAACGGUAACAAGCCACCCCAGACCCCAUGUCCAAUCGACUUGCGCAUCGCCGAGGCGAUAGCUUUUCAUCUUGACCGAGAUGAUUACCUUGGACGGCAGCACGAUCCGAGCGGCGAUGAGCGACUGCACGAGUUCAAGCUUGUCUGGUUGGACUAUACAGUGCGCGCACAAGUGCGUCUGCGGUACGGAACACGUGCGAAGGUGUGUGCGAGGGCGGGAUGUGGCGGACGAGGGACGGACGAGAACUCACUCAAGCGAUGCUCUGGGAAGUGCCCGCUUCAGCAUAAGCCUGUAUAUUGCUCUAGGCAAUGUCAGAUCACGGGCUGGAAGGCGCACAAGAAGUACUGUGUGGAAGGCGCGGGUGGGCUACCCGAAAAGACAACCAAGAGGGGCAUGUUCGAUACCGCUCAGUUCGUACCGUUGUCUGCCUUGAAGAAGAGGAGUCUGUAG